AUUCAGUGUUUGAGUAGUGAUCAUGCGAUCAUGUGACAGUAUGUUUUAGUGUAGCGCGUCCUGCUAUUUUUAAUUCACCGCAGGAAACAUUUGUCUUUGUUAAGUGUUUAUGGAUGAGGAGAUGUUGAUGACUGGGGAGCGUCAUGGUGAUCAUUAAUUCACUGCUGAAACUGGUGCAGCGACAGACUUACACCUGUCUGUCUCAUCGCUAUGGACUGUACCUGUGCUUCGGAGGACUCGUGCUUAUGAUCGUGUCUGCCUUUCAGUUUGGAGAGGUCGUGGUAGAGUGGAGUCGAGAUCAGUACCAUGUAUUAUUUGAUACCUACAGAGAUAAUGUUGCAGGAAAGUCAUUUCAGACCAGGCUUUGUCUGCCAAUGCCCAUCGAUGUGGUUUACACUUGGGUAAAUGGGACUGACACAGACCUGCUGAAGGAUCUUCGUGCCAUGAGACAGCAUUUGGAAGAAGAGCAGAAGGCAUUGAGGGAACGUCUGGGAAAGAAUGUAUCUGAAAUGACUGAAGCUCCGAAAGGAAGGCCAGAAUGUCUGCUGUCGCACUGUAUCAUGGCUCCUGUGCUGGUUUUGGAUCCUGCCCUCCCUGCCAACAUCACAUUGAAGGAGCUGCCAACUUAUUCAGCUGCUUUCUCCUUCACCAAACAACUCCUACAGGUGGCCAAACCCCUCCACCCCUCUACAAGCGUAUCUGUCCUACUGUUCCAUUCCCACAGUGAAGCUGAAAAGGCCCAGACAGAUGCUGUGAAGGACUCCCUGACACACUCCAUCAGCAGAGGUUACCUGACGACUGAUAAAGAGGCACCUGGUUUGGUCCGCAUGCACACUCUGGCCUACCUGAGUGGCUUCCCAUCUUCAUUAAAGGAAACCGAGCAGCUCCGGGUCAAACUACCCUCUGUGGUGACUGGUAAAAUCAAACAGUUGCAGCUGUACUCUGAGGCCAGCAUCGCUCUGCUAUACCUGAACACCGCUCAGGAUUUCACAGAUCUUACUCAGCAGGCCAAGAAGAACCUGACGCUGGACGGGAAAGAACUGACAGUCAGCCCAGCAUAUCUGUUCUGGGACCUGAGUGCCAUCUCACAGUCCAAGCAGGAUGAGGAUGUGUCUGCCAGUCGAUUUGAAGAUAACGAGGAAUUGCGCUAUUCGCUGCGAUCUAUCGAGAAACACGCACCCUGGGUGCGUCACAUCUUUAUUAUUACUAAUGGGCAGAUCCCGUCUUGGCUUAACCUGGAUAAUCCACGAGUUUCUGUGAUUUCCCACCAGGACAUUUUCCAGAACCAGUCUCACCUGCCUACAUUCAGUUCUCCAUCCAUUGAGACCCAUAUUCACAGAAUCCCAGGACUCUCACAAAAGUUCAUCUACCUCAACGAUGAUGUCAUGUUUGGCAAGGACGUAUGGCCUGAUGACUUCUACAGUCACUCCAAAGGUCAAAAGGUGUAUCUCACUUGGCCCGUUCCAAACUGUGCCGAGGGCUGUCCAGGCUCCUGGAUCAAAGAUGGCUACUGCGACAAGGCCUGCAAUAACUCAGCCUGUGACUGGGAUGGGGGAGACUGUCAAGGUGCUGCAGGCAGCAGUCGUUUUGGAGGAGGUAUAGGUGGCGCUUCUGUGAUUGGAGGCGGGCAACCUUGGCAGUUGCCGGGUGGUCUAGGAGGGCUGGGGGGCGUGUCCUUCUGUAACCAGGGUUGCGCUAACUCUUGGUUGGCUGAUAAGUUUUGUGACCAAGCGUGCAACGUCCUGGCCUGUGGGUUCGACGUGGGUGACUGUGGACAAGAUAAUUUCAACCAGCUCCACCGUGUCAUUCUUCGGAGAAACCAGGCACAAUACAUCCUGCCUCAGGGUGAACUCCGGCCAUACUUUAGCUUCUCAGGCAUGGCUAACCGUGUGUCAGAGGCUCAGGUCGGUGAUAACCCAGUGGUCCGUCACACUUCUGUCGCCAACAAAUGGAAGACUAUCCACCUACUGCUGCUGCCUGGACACAAUGCCACCCAGAUCCAAUACAACAUCACUUUUCAGGACACUGACAGCCAUGACUUCAUAAUGAUCUUCUCUGUUGCUGUGGAUACCCGAGAACUCCCCAAGUCUAAUGUGUCCGAUCCAGUUCUGGAGAAGAAUGAGCAUGAACCCAAACCAACUGUUGUGACCCCAGAACCAGAGGUCGACUUUAAAGAUGUUGCGAAAGAAAAACGCGGUCCUAGAGUUAGAGAAAAGACCCUUGGCGAGAUAGAGACUGUGCAGGUGCCUGCGUUAAAUGAAUCUCUUUUGCCAGAGGAAGUGAAGGUUGAGUUAAAGAAACUAAAUGAGAAGCUAAUAUUGGGUGAUAUCACCAUUAAAGGCUAUAAUUUGACCAAAGCUCUGUUGUUGGAGCCCUACAAGGACAAAUCUCAGUUUUCAAUAAACAACAAAGACCCUGUAGAGAGGCAGGACCAGAGCAAAGAAGCGAAACAUUCAGAGGAACAAAAUGCAGACAAGAAACCUCCUUUAUUCAAUACACAGUGGGCAGAGAAUACAGCAAGGGUGAAAAGAUCACAUGAAGACCCAGGAGCAGAGGAACAUGAACAAAUUAAAGUCUCACCAUCUCUUGUUCCAGUCCAGAUUGAUGGGGUAACACUCAAAGCUCAAUCCCGAAUGGUUGGCAUGGAGAAACCUCAUGCAUCUAAGCUCCUCGGCACUCUGGUGGGGAACAUGUCCAAAGAGAGAGGUCUAGAAAAUGAAGCCCACAUCCGGGGGUGGCCCAUGAGCCGUAAACUCCAGCACUACACCAGCUCAGACCGUGGCUUCCUUCCAUGGGAGAGAAGGAAGUUCUUUCAGGAUCUUUUGGAGGAAGAGGAGCGCCUGGAGAGAGAGCUUCAGUAUACAGCUUACAGUGCCUCCACUGGCAGGAGGUUGCAGGACACUUUCGCAGACUCACUCCGCUAUGUCAACAGACUCUUGAAUGCCCAGUUCGGCUUCACCUCGCGCAAAGUGCCUGCUCACAUGCCUCACAUGAUUGACAGGCUCAUCAUGCAGGAGCUGCAGGACACUUUCCCUCAGGAGUUUGAUAAGACCUCCUCUCAUUCCGUACGUCACUCUGAAGACAUGCAGUUCGCCUUCUCUUAUUUCUAUUUCCUGAUGAGUGCAUUGCAGCAGCUCAAUAUAUCAGAAGUGUUUGAUGAAAUCGACACGGAUCACUCCGGCAUACUGUCCGACCGCGAGAUCCGCACAUUGGCCACACGUAUACAUGAACUCCCCUUAAGUCUUCAGGAUUUGACCAGUCUGGAGCAGAUGCUUAUAAACUGUUCGAAGACUCUACCUUUCAACCUCACACAAAUCCACUCUGUCAGCCCCACCCAGGAGGCCUAUUAUGAUCCCAGCAUGCCACCAGUCACAAAAGGUCUAGUCAUCCACUGCAAACCCAUCACAGAGAGGAUACACAAAGCCUUCAGGGACCAGAAUAAAUACAAGUUUGAAAUCAUGGGGGAGGAGGAGAUCGCAUUUAAGAUGAUACGGACCAACGUUUCGCAUGUAGUGGGACAGCUGGAUGACAUUAGGAAGAACCCGAGGAAGUUUAUCUGCUUGAAUGACAACAUUGACCACAGCCAGAAGGACGCCAGCACAGUUAAAGCUGUUUUGAGGGACUUCUAUGAGUCCAUGUUCCCACUGGCCUCUCAGUUUGAGCUUCCCAGAGAGUACAGAAACCGAUUCCUCCACAUGUCAGAGCUGCAGGAAUGGCGAAUAUACAGGGACAAACUGAAGUUCUGGACCCACUGUGUGCUUGUGACAUUGGUCGCCUUCACUGUCAUGUCUUUCUUUGCUGAGCAGCUGAUCAUGUUGAAACGCCGGCUUUUCCCCAGACGCAGGGUUGGCAAAGAUGUGAACCCAGAGCGGGUGUGAGCAUUAUGGCUACUCCAUAUUCUAGUCUCUGUCACUCGGAGGGCAUGAAUCAGAUGGUGUGUGAGGAGAAAAUCACAUACUCUGAACCAGAGACCCACUCCUCAAAUGCUAGAUGCAAACUUGCAUUUGUGAGACCAUUUGGAUGUGACUGGGCCAUAGUUCCUGGAGACACUUCAUGAGGGGCAUUUGUGAGAUACUGCAGCCCAUGAGGCAAGGCCUGCGAUCACACUCCAGGUUUUGUAUUGACUGUGAACUGCACUCAAUGGCCGAUAUUUGUUUUGCAAGUAAGAGCUUGUGAUGUGCAACAUGCCAUAUGACCUUAAGUGUUUGAAUUGUAUUAAUUGAAAUAGUAUUUUAAAUUAUAAGGGGAGUUCAAGGGUAAAGGUAAUACCCAUAGAAAGGUUAAUCUCUUGUUCUGUCCAUUCAGUGCCUUUCUUUACCACAUGAUUGAAGCCAGUGAACUUUGAUGCACCACUGAAAUUCUCUUGUCUUGUGCUUUGCACGUUUGCAUCUGUUUUAAAGGGAUAAUUCCCUCAAAAAUGAACAUUUUGCCAUAAUUUACUCGCCUUCAUGUCGUUCCAACCCCUUAUGAGUCUGAUUAUAUAUAAAAUCAUACUGGUUUGGAACAACACGAGGUUGAGUAAAUGAUGCCAGUAUUUAUAUUACUGGAUGAACAAACUUUUUUUAUCAGCCUGUCUCUCUUUCUCUCUCUGUAUUUGCAAAGUGGCACAAAAUCUCAUGAAACUAAAUUGCAAUUCUGAAAUUAGGAAUAUUUUGGGGUUAAUUGUCGUAUAUAAGUAUAAUCAAUAAGGAACUAUUUCCUUCUAUUUUAAAUGCACGUCAAUCAUGAUCAGAACAUUUGGGUGGAAGUCUCACAUGCUUGUCUCUUAGUGAGACAUUAAAUACUGACUUUGUCUGAAAUUCAGAUGCCACAUCCUGUGGCCCUGUUAUGUUUUAACUCUUCACCCAGUAUUUCAAAUCUUUUUUUCCUUCCUCACUGACGUAGCUACUACUGACCUAUCCACGUGACUCCGUGUAUACGUGCCUGACUAAACAGACUUGAGUGUAUAGGCGAUGUUGAAUGAUAAUGCUGAUCUAGGAUGAAUUGUUUUCUUUUAUUUAUUAGGUUAUGAAGAAUAUGAUUAAUCUCCUUUGUUUUAUUUUGAAAGUGUUUGUCCUAAGAUUCUGAAUCCUAAAACUGUUAUUGUAUUUCUCUGAAUUCUAUUGACAGCUGAUCAGUUUUGUCAGUUGGAAAUUCAACCAGCAAGGUGCCAAGUUAUUUUUUUUAUUUGCUCGAGGACAAAAACACAGUUUGAUAAUGAACUUGUACACUUACCAUCUAAAUGAGAUUAUAAUGAAAUGGCCUAAUCUGUUAAUUAAAAAGAGUGACUUUAAAAUGUGUUUUUCAAAGUCAUGACUGCUUUGAUAUGCCUUAACAGAUGGUAAAAACAAAACUCUGGUUGGUCGCUACCUAAGUGGGCAGUUCUGGGUCAGAAUAAGCUGCAACAUGGACCUAACUUUGUCAUAGUCUGGCUGACAAAUAACAUGUCAAGCAAAUCUAUUGUCCUCUGUAUAGUUGAUCUGUAUUUUAGAUGUUUGGUGAAAACUUUGAGACAUUGCCACAACUAUAUCUGGACCCACUUUAAUUGGGUGUCUUAAACUUGUAUGUACUUAAAGGGAUAGAUCACCCAAAAAAAUGAAAAUUCUCUCAUCAUUGACCCACCCUCAUGCCAUCCCAGAUAUGUAUGGCUUUCUUCUGCAGAACACAAAGGACCUACUGAGCUGAAAUAUUCUUCUUAAAAUCUUUAUUUGUGUUCUACAGAAGAAAGUCAUUCACAUCUGGGAUGACAUGACAGUAAGUAAAUGUUGAGAGAAUUUUCAUCUCUUGAAGUAUUUAAUACAAAUGUACUUAUGUAGUUACGCAAUCAAUAUAUUGUAUUGUAUGUAUUUUAAUGUUAGUACAUAGUAGUUAAAGACACCUAAUAUGAAGUAAUAUGUGACCAUAUAUCUUUUUAUAGUAUACCCAAAGCACAAGAAAUUCAGAAACUUCAGACAGUGUUCUAUUCAAAUCACACAAAAUUUAUUUUAUUAGCCCUUUAGGGAGGAGACGAUCAUAAGCAGGCAGAGCUGUCAAUUAGUGCAUCAUACAACAGGUACAAAAGAUCACCACCCCCAAAAAUCCCCCAAACAGAGUUGAAGACAGAACCCAAAACUCUGUGAUGAGCUCAGUUCAAACAGGGGGAAGUAAAAUAUACAACCAGUAUAAGAAGUCAGAGUAAAAUGGGAUUGGGUGACUGGGGAAAAGGGGGUGGAGCUCUUCUCAAAACAAAAGGUUUCCCUGUUUUAAGCACAUAGCCACAAAUAACCUUGACAAUUCAAUUCUUUUAAUUACAUUGUUGUUGUUGUUGUUGUUGUUGUU